UUAGACAGUCCUCCAUGGCGCGUGAUGGCGGUGUGCGCGACUACACUUCCUAAUGAGCAACUUCAAUUCACGCCGACGAAGAAGAAGCCGUGGCUCCGUUCGUUUGAUAGCUUUGAUGCUCUUUAUGUUAUUAAUCUUUGCGUCGUUCCUGGUUUAAAACGGCUACUACGAAACUCAAGGUAAUGUCACCGGUUCAACCUGCUGUGACUUUCUGACCAUAAAGAUGAAUCGCCCAAAGCCUACAACUCUCAGGCGCCCCAGCGCUGCAAAGCCCUCAGGCCAUCCUCCACCAGGGGACUUCAUUGCUCUUGGCUCUAAGAACCAGGGAGGAGAGCCCAAAGCCCCAGCUGUCCUCUUGAAGCCAGCAUCCACAGGUUUACCUGCAGACCGUAAGAGGGAGACCACCUCGGCUCUCCCUUCCUCGUCCAGUCUCUCCAACCUAGCCAAACGGCCCAAGCUCUCCACCACUCCUCCGGUCAGUGCGCUGGGACGACUCGCUGAUGUCGCAGCUGUGGACAAGAGGGCUAUAUCACCCUCAAUAAAAGAACCGUCAGUGGUACCCAUUGAAGUGUCUCCAGCGGUGCUGCUGGAUGAGAUCGAAGCUGCAGAGUCAGAGGGAAACGAUGAUCGCAUCGAGGGAUUGCUGUGUGGAGCGGUGAAGCAGCUAAAGAUGAACAGAGCCAAACCUGAUAUCACACUGUACCUCAGUCUCAUGUUUCUGGCCAAAAUCAAGCCCAACGUUUUUGCAACUGAAGGAAUUAUUGAGGCCUUGUGCAGCCUCCUGCGGCGGGACGCCUCCAUCAACUUUAAAGCAAAAGGCAACAGCCUGGUGUCUGUGCUGGCUUGCAAUCUGCUCAUGGCCGCGUACGAGGAGGACGAGAACUGGCCAGAGAUCUUUGUCAAAGUGUACAUUGAGGACUCGCUGGGGGAAAGGAUUUGGGUGGACAGUUCUCACUGUAAAAAUUUUGUUGACAACAUCCAAACUGCUUUUGGCACAAAGAUGCCCCCAAAGAGUAUGUUGCUGCAGGCUGAUACUGGACGCACUGGUGGAGAUCUCAGUGCAGGCAGCAGCCCUCAUCCCUCAACUCCAGACGAGGACGACAGCCAGACUGAGUUGCUGAUAGCUGAAGAGAAACUCAGCCCUGAGGAUGAAGGGCAGGUUAUGCCCAGGUAUGAGGAGCUCGCAGAGAGCGUCGAGGACUACGUGCUCGACGUCCUCAAGGAUCAGCUGAACCGCAGGCAGCCGAUGGACAACGUGUCCCGAAACUUGCUGCGUCUGCUCACAGCCACGUGUGGCUACAAAGAGGCACGACUCAUGGCCGUGCAGAGGCUGGAGAUGUGGCUCCAAAAUCCAAAGCUGACUCGUCCCGCUCAGGACCUCCUCAUGUCUCUGUGCAUGAACUGCAACACCCACGGAACAGACGACAUGGAGGUGGUCUCCAACCUGAUCAAGAUACGACUCAAACCGAAAGUCCUCCUCAACCACUACAUGCUCUGUGUCAGGGAGCUGCUAAAUGCUCACAAAGACAACCUGGGCACGAUGGUGAAGCUGGUCAUCUUUAAUGAGCUGUCCAACGCCAGAAAUCCCAACAACAUGCAAGUGCUCCACACGGUGCUGCAGCACAGUCCAGAGCAGGCUCCAAAGUUCUUGGCGAUGGUGUUCCAAGACUUGCUGACCAAUAAGGACGAUUACCUCCGCGCCUCCCGAGCUUUGCUGAGAGAGAUUAUCAAGCAGACCAAGCAUGAGAUCAACUUCCAGUCCUUUUGCUUCGGUCUGAUGCAGGAGAGAAAAGAGUCCAGCUACGUGGACAUGGAGUUCAAAGAGCGCUUCGUCAUCCAGGUGACAGAUUUACUGACCGUCUCCAUGAUGCUGGGCAUCACCGCUCAGGUUAAGGAAGCUGGCAUCGCGUGGGACAAAGGAGAGAAGAAGAAUCUGGAGGUCCUGAGGUCGUUUCAGAAUCAGAUCGCCGCCAUCCAAAGGGACGCUGUGUGGUGGCUUCACUCCGUGGUUCCUACCAUCAGCAAAGUGGGCGCGAAAGACUACGUUCACUGCCUUCACAAGGUGCUCUUCACAGAGCAGCCUGAGACGUACUACAAGUGGGACAACUGGCCUCCCGAGAGCGACAGAAAUUUCUUCCUUCGCCUUUGCUCGGAGGUGCCUUUGUUGGAGGACACGCUGAUGCGCAUUCUCGUGAUCGGGCUGUCACGUGACCUGCCUCUGGGCCCGGCGGACGCCAUGGAGCUCGCGGAUCACCUGGUUAAGAGAGCCGCCGGAGUCCAGUCCGACGAUCUGGAGGUCCUGAGAGUGGAGAGGAUCCAGCUCAUCGAUGCGGUGCUGAAUCUGUGCACGUACCACCACCCGGAGAACAUCCAGCUGCCGGCGGGGUACCAACCGCCAAAUUUGGCGAUAUCCACUCUGUACUGGAAGGCUUGGCUCUUGUUGCUUGUGGUGGCUGCAUUUAAUCCUCAGAAGAUAGGUUUGGCAGCUUGGGAUGGAUACCCUACGCUGAAAAUGCUCAUGGAGAUGGUUAUGACAAAUAACUACACAUACCCUCCCUGCACUAUUGCGGAUGAGGACACGAAGACGGAGAUGAUCAACAGGGAGCUGCAGAUCUCCCAGAGAGAGAAACAAGAGAUCCUGGCCUUUGAGAGCCACCUGGCAGCGGCGUCCACCAAACAGACCAUCACCGAGAGCAACAGUUUGCUUUUGUCUCAGCUCACCAGCCUGGAUCCUCAGGGUCCUCCUCGUCGACCUCCCCCUCAGGUCCAGGAGCAGGUGAAGACUCUCAACCAGUCCCUGCGCCUCGGUCACCUCCUCUGCCGCAGCCGCAACCCAGACUUUCUCCUCAACAUCAUUCAGAGACAGGCUUCCUCGCAGUCCAUGCCAUGGUUGGCCGACUUGGUCCAGUCCAGCGAAGGCUCCUUGGACGUGCUUCCAGUGCAGUGUCUGUGCGAAUUCCUGCUGCACGACGCUGCAGAUGACAGCCUGCCGAUAGAGGACGACGAGGAAGGAGAGAGCAAAGAGCAGAGGGCCAAGAAGAGACAAAGGCAACAAAAGCAAAGGCAGCUACUUGGACGCCUCCAGGACCUUUUAUUGGGUCCUAAGGCUGAUGAACAAACAACGUGCGAAGUGCUGGAUUACUUCCUGCGUCGCCUCAGCUCUUCUCAGGUGGCAUCAAGAGUUCUAGCUAUGAAGGGUUUGUCACUGGUGCUGAGUGAAGGAGGCCUGAAAGACGGAGAGGAGCGAGAUCAGCCCAUGGAAGAGGACUCUGCGGACGCUGAGCUCUUGCCCGGGUACCAGUGGCUGCUUCAGGACCUCCCGAAGCUGCCCUUGUUCGACAGCGUCAGGGGCAUGACGUCCACCGCCCUGCAGCAGGCCAUUCACAUGGAGACGGACCCGCAGACGAUCAGCGCCUAUCUCAUCUACCUGUCCCAGCAUGCACCAGUGGAGGAGCAGGCUUCUCACAAUGACCUGGCCCUGGUAAUCACGGACAUUGCCCGGCUGAUCGUCGAGCGCUCCACCAUCAUGAACAACCUCUUUUCCAAACACUCCACCCGGCCGGAGUCGGACGCCGUGCUCUCUGCUUUCCUCACCAUCUUCUCUACCUACAUCAGGAGGAUGAGGAAGACCAAGGAGGGCGAGGAUCUGUACAGCUGGUCAGAAUCCCAGGACCAGGUGUUUCUGCGCUGGACUACAGGAGAGACGGCUACGAUGCACAUCCUUGUAGUACAUGCUAUGGUUAUCUUGCUGACUCUCGGCCCACCCAAAGGAGAGAGUGAUUUCUACGCUCUUUUGGACAUUUGGUUCCCCGACAAGAAGCCUCUCCCCACGGCCUUCCUGGUCGACACCUCAGAGGAGGCCCUCCUGCUUCCCGAUUGGUUGAAACUGAGGAUGAUCCGAUCUGAGGUCUCUCGAUUGGUUGAUGCAGCUUUACAAGACCUGGAGCCUCAGCAGCUGCUGCUGUUUGUCCAGUCCUUCGGGAUUCCGGUCUCCAGCAUGAGCAAACUCCUGCAGUACCUCGAUCAGGCCGUCUCUCAUGAUCCACAGUCGCUGGAGCAGAACAUCAUGGACAAGCACUACAUGGCUCACUUAGUUGAGGUGCAGCAUGAGCGAGGUGCCACCGGGGGGCACACUUUCCACGCUUUAUUGAGUUCUUCUCUUCCUCCGCACAGAGAUUCACCAGAAACAAGUAAGGCCAAAGUCACUGUGGAAACGGCCCACAGCUCUCUGAAGAUGAGAGCAGCCAGCCAGCUGCCUGCGGUCGGGCCUGAGGACGAUCUCACCGGCAUGUUGCUUCAGAUCUUCCCCUUGAAAGUGGACCCUCGCUGGCACGGCCCCCCUCCCAGUCAGCUGUCCCUGGCCCUGCAGCAGGCCUUGGCUAAAGAGCUGAUGCGAGCCAAGCAGGGGCACAUCCAGCAGGGCGGUUUGGCGUUUCGCCUGCUGCAGGCCAUCGCAGCCCUGCUCACCUCUGCUCACGCUGGGCCCAUUGUUAUGUCGAUGCAUCACAGCCAUGCGCUCUCGUGUCCUCUAAUGCGCCAGCUUCACCUCUACCAGCGCCUCGUGUCCCAGGACAUCGCUUUCUCCUCUCUGUUCCUCAAAGUCAUCGUUGAGAUGUUAAUCUGGUUGGACAACCCGACUGUGGAUGCAGGACCGUUGAAGACGCUGCUGAAAUCCUUUGCUGGUCAGAACUCUCACAAACACAGACACAACGACGUGCGCACGGGUUUCAUUCACCUGGCCGAGGCUCUGGCUUAUCGCACGGACACCGAGGUGCCGCUGAGAGCCGUCAUGGCGAUGCUGAGAGCCGGAGAGAGAUGUAACGCAGAAGCCGAGCUCAUUGGCAAAGUGUUGCAAGGACUGAUGGAGGUGAAGUCGCCCUAUCUGGAGGAGCUGCUCUCUCUGCUGAUGACUGUUGGUACACAGAAUGGGACCGCCGGGCCUGUUGCCAUGGUGAUCUCCCUGCUCCUCCAGGAAAGCGAGGAGCGAGCUGUGAAAAAGGAAGUGGAUUCUAACAAUGGUUCUGAGGUGACGAAGUCAGGCCUGAGCUCCGGCCUGCUGGUCGACUGGCUCGAGCACCUCGACCCCGAGGUCACUUCGGUUUGUCCGGACUUACAGCAGAAGCUGCUGUUCGCCCUCAACAAGGCGCGAGGCACCCCGGCUUACAGACCUUAUCUCCUGGCCUUGCUUACGCAUCAGUCGAACUGGUCCACGCUGCUGCAGUGUAUCAGCGCUCUCCUCAGCAAGCGCAGAGACUACAAACUUGAUCCAUCGUCAGCUCUGGACUUCCUGUGGGCGUGCAGUCACAUACCUCGUAUUUGGCAAGGGCGCGACCAGAAGAUCCCUCAAAAGAAAACGGAGAAGCUUGUGCUGCGGCUCAGUUCGGAGGAGCUCAUCAGCCUGGUGGACCUGAUCCUGUCGGAGUCCGACCUCAACAGCCGCGACUCGCCCCACGACGACAGAGGCAGCGUGGACCAGGCCUCCAGCUCCCUCAUCCAGUCCAGGCUGCCGCUCCUUCACUCUUACUGCAACGGAGACCUGGAGAACAUCAAGAAAGUAGCAGAUUAUCUCAUCAACUGCACAAAGAAGUGGGAGGACAGUGCGAUGAGCAAGCGCUGCCAGAACUUGCUGCUGCAGAUCUAUCUGCACUUCCCUGAGGUCAUCCAGCACGUCACUCUGCCCGAAGGCACGUUGAGCAGUGGAGGGGCAUCAGACGGCAUCAGCUGCAAGCUGGACGUCCUGGUCCACCGCCUGGUCACGCUGCUUGCCGACAUAGGAGACUCGAAGUCCGCAGAGGGCCGCGUGUCUGAUGCCAACCUCGCCUGCAGGAAGCUGGCCGUGUCGCACCCCGUCCUUUUACUCAGGCACCUGCCCAUGAUUGCGGGUCUCCUGCACGGCCGCAUGCACCUGAACAUCCACGAGUUCCGGCAGCAGAACCACAUGACGUUCUUCAGCAACGUGCUGGCCAUCCUGGAGCUGCUGCAGCCGCUCGUUUUCCACGGCGACCACCAGAGGGCGCUUCAGGACUGCCUUCUGUCCUUCAUGAGGAUCCUUCAGAACUUUCAGAGGACUCGGUCUCCGCUGGUCUUCAUCAACAAGUUUCUGCAGUUCACGCAGAAGUACAUAACGCACGACGCAGCGGCCGCCAUUCCUUACCUACAGAAGCACUCGGACAUCUUACAGUGUAUGUCUGCAGAAAAUCCAGACUUGGUGCAGCUAAAAUCUUUGCUGGCUGGACUCACUUUGCCAGUGAAAAGCUCAUCUUCAGAGGUUCCAGCAGAAGAGAGAGACGAUGACUUGUCCACUGGUUCCCUGCCCUUAGUCAACAUAUCUGCCUCAUUUUCCCUGAGCGCCGCAGACAUGACAAUGUACCUGAAGAAGAUGUCGAGAGGAGAGGCAGUGGAAGAUGUGUUGGAGGUGUUGACGGAGGUGGAUGAGAAGUCGAGGAGGAGCCCGGAGAUCAUACAGUACUUCACUAACGACCUGCAGAGACUCAUGACUUCGUCUGAGGAGUUGUGUCGGAACAUGGCCUUCAGCCUGGCCCUGCGCUGCAUCCAGAACAAUCCCUGCCUGGCCACAGACUUCCUGCCCACUUUCAUGUACUGCAUGGGCAGCGGCAACUUCGACGUGGUGCAGACGGCUCUAAGGAACCUCCCCGAAUACGUGCUUCUCUGCCAGGAACACGCAGACAUCUUGCUCCACAAGGCGUUUUUGGUGGGUAUCUACGGGCAGAUCGAUACCAGUUCAAUGAUUGCAGAGUCCAUGAAGGUCCUUCACAUGGAAGCGACGACGUAGCGGCUCCACGUCUCACCCAAAGUAGCGUUCUCCACAUUCCGGACCUCGAUGGUUUUAGUUCAAACGUUUCUCAGAUUAACACAGCGGCCGGUGCAGCAAUAACUCUGGGGUAAUUUAGUGACUUCAAAGAACGCUUUCAAAACUCCCCCUAAAUGAGUUGGAAUCUGAAACAAAUUAAAACGCAAAUAUGUAUAUUAAAUGUUACAUAAUAAUUAUGGAAAUAGUUUUGACAUUCUUCUUAAUUCUUCUUUAUUUUGGUGGUAUUUUUGCAUUUUUUGGAGUCAGUGAAUUAUCACCAGCUGCGUUAUUCUCCCAGAGCUCCAAGAGAAAAAUGUUUUCAACACAGCUUUUGGCUUCGUAUUUUUAAUAGCUUGAAGACUUCACGCAACAUUUGUCGUAGUUUAUUUUUAUCUAAGAGACAGAGGCUUUUGUCUUAUAGCGUGCCAUGUCAUCCUCUCUUCUCCAUCACAAAUUAUUGAGAAAGAAUAAGAUUUAUUUUCUAACGAGUCGAGUGGUCACUGGUCAUUUGUCUGUGAGUAACCACUCGUUUUUCAGUAUUAAAUUUACGAAGCCAAAAAUCCCAAACUUCAAACCAAUAAUCUAAAUUCUUUGAAUACCUGGACACCAUCGCAUCAGCCUUAGUGUAAACUUAAUAAAAUACAUUUUGGAACAU